GAGUUUUGUGCUAGCACGAGAAUGCGUAAUGUCAUCUGCCGGAGAAAAAAAGCGAGGCGCAAUCGGCUUGCUUAUCUGUGUUUCUUUGAUGCCCUUAGAGCGAAAAUUAUUUCCUCAUUCUUUUUUUCUCUUGGAAAAUAGCCUAUGGAAUAUUUUCUCGGAGUAUGCACAUUUUUUUUAUAUCCUGACAUUUAUCACAAUAUAGCAAAACGGUGCAGAUAUUCAACAAAUAAUUAUGCAAUAUUUUGGCUUUCUAUGCAGUAGCUAAUGGAGAUUUUUAAUGAUUUAGUUUACCUCGUUUCUUUUCUACCUCGGUUUGGAGAAUGUUUUAAAAUCGACUUGGAAUAACAGUUCCUUUUACUACAAUUACUGAUAUUUUCAAAAAAGCUUUUGAGAUGAAAAGCAGCUGUUUUGAUGUACGUUUGGCAUGUGCACUGCUUGCGGUCACACUCGGGCUUGUUGACAGAGACGAGGAGCGUAACUUUGCUGUAUCUGGGAUAUCUCUCGAGGGGCGAUCUAACGGACACCUAGCAGGGACCAGAAGGAGAGCAGGUGGUCGUGGGAAGCCUUGCUUUUCGUCGGUAUCGGCGGGUCCUGUGGAGUAAUGACGGGUCGGAGUAUUUGGGGCGCGCUAGGCUGGUUGAUGGGGCUCCCUUUCCUCGCGCCCUGCGUCUUCGUGCUGCUGCUGCUGCCGCCCGUGUCUCGGGCUCACCCUCAACCGUGUCAAAUCUUGAAAAGGAUCGGACACACUGUUAGAGUCGGGGCCUUGCACCUGCAACCCCGUGUCUUAAGCCACAAUGCCUUUAAGGGGAAUUAUCUCGACGAAGUAUGGGAUAUUGACAGAGACGGCGGGUUGACAGGAGAGGAGUUUGAAAUCAUCACUAAAACCGUUAACGAACCUGCACUGGGCAGCCUCAGGACUAGGGGGUCCGCGACCAGCCAACACCGAGGGGCAAAAAGUAAAAACAUGGUCCGACAAGAGGAGGGCGAGAGCGUGUUCAUGCCCAGGGACUCGAUUCUACUUGCGAUGGAGACGCUGAAUCGCAUGACGGGGCUUUUACCUUACAACUUAUCUCUGGAUGUAGUGAUGGCUGUUGAGACGGGACUGGGGGAACUGCCAGCCUUUUCAUUUUCGUCUUCCUCUACACCACUGUGCGGCGACCCCGUGUGUUUCCUACAAAGUGUUUGCCACACAGUUAUCGUGCAGGGAGUUUCCGCGAUCGUGGCUUUCCCGCAAAACAGGGACGAUCUACUGAUAAUGGAAUUUAUUUCCUCCGCGCUCCAGGUUCCCGUCAUAAGUGUGGUCCAACGCGAGUUCAAACGGCAGAGCAAGAAUUCCCUCCAUUUCCAGAUGGCCAUGCGCAACCCUCCGACCCCUCAGGCUGACCUCGUCUUCGCCCUGCUGGCCAUGAACAGCUGGUACGACGUCAGCCUGCUGCUGUGCCGAGAGCGGAACGUCUCCGACUUCGUCCUCCUGCUCCGCAACAACUCCCGCUUUCACCUGGGCGCCGUCGUCAACCUCUCCACCAACGGCAGCUCUCGAGGCGACUUCCAGGCCUCGCUGCAGGGCCAGCUGGAGGCCAUCAAGGAGUCCCUGUCCACGGUGGUGACGUUCGGCUGCGACAUCAGGGACAUCAAGCGGAUCUUCGCCGCGGUGGCCAAGUUCGGCAUAGCGUUGCCCCCCGACUACCACUGGAUCCUGGGCGACUCCCAGAACGUGGAGGAGCUGCGGACCGAAGGCCUUCCCAUGGGGCUCCUGGCCCACGGACGCAUGGGGGCGCCCUCGCGGGACCACUUCGUGCAGGACGCGCUGGAGCUGGUGGCCCGGGCUGUGGGGAACGCCGCGCUCGUGUCCCCGGAGCUGGCGCUCGUACCGGGGAUCACAAACUGCAUGAUGUUGGAGGAGAAACACAGCUCAGGGAGAUAUCUAUCCAGGUUUCUGGCCAACACGUCGUUCGACGGCCUGAGCGGCUACAUCGGCGUCGCCGAGGAGGAGGCCGUGAUCGCCUCCGAGAGCCAUCACUUCAUCUGGAACCUGCAGCACGACCCGGUGGGCAACCCCAUGUGGACGCGGCUGGGCAGCUGGAAGCACGGGCGCGUGACGAUGGACUACGGCGUGUGGCCCAACAAGCGGCGGGGGGGGGCGCACCACGGGGGUGGCGGAGACUGGCGCCACUCCUCGCGCCUCCACAUGCGCGUGGUCACGCUGGUGGAGCACCCGUUCGUCUUCACCCGCGAGGUGGACGAGGACGGGCAGUGCCCCGCCGGCCAGCUGUGCCUGGACCCGCUGACCAACGACACGGCGCUGCUGGAGCGCCUCUUCCUGGCGCUGCAGGGCGUCAACAACACCGUGCCCAUGGAGUACAAGAAGUGCUGCUACGGCUACUGCAUCGACCUGCUGGAGAAGCUGGCCGAGGACAUGGGCUUCCACUUCGACCUGUACAUCGUGGGCGACGGCAAGUACGGGGCGUACAAGAGCGGGCGCUGGACGGGGCUGGUGGGCGACCUGAUGAGCGGAGCGGCCCACAUGGCCUUCACCUCGUUCAGCAUCAACUCGGCCCGCAGCCAGGUCAUCGACUUCACCAGCCCCUUCUUCUCCACCAGCCUGGGCAUCCUGGUGCGCACCAUGGACACGGCCGCGCCCAUCGGCGCCUUCAUGUGGCCGCUGCACUGGAGCAUGUGGCUGGGCAUCUUCGUCUCGCUGCACAUCACCGCCGUCUUCCUCACGCUCUACGAGUGGAAAAGCCCCUUCGGCCUGACGCCCAAGGGACGGAACCGGGACCGCGUGUUCUCCUUCUCCUCGGCGCUCAACGUGUGCUACUCCAUCCUGUUCGGCCGGACGGCGUCCAUCAAGCCGCCCAAGUGCUGGACGGGACGCUUCCUCAUGAACCUGUGGGCCAUCUUCUGCCUGUUCUGCCUGUCCACCUACACGGCCAACCUGGCCGCCGUCAUGGUGGGGGAGAAGACCUACGAGCAGCUCUCAGGAAUACACGACCCCAAGCUUCAUCAUCCAUCCCAGGGUUUCCGCUUCGGGACGGUCCGAGAGAGCAGCGCCGAGGAGUACCUGAAGAAAAGCUUCCCCGAGAUGCACGAGUACAUGCGCCGCUUCAACGCUCCCGCGACGCCGGAAGGGAUCGACCGACUCCUAGAGGACCCUCAGAAGCUGGAUGCAUUCAUCAUGGACAAAGCCCUUCUGGAUUAUGAAGUAUCCAUUGAUGCAGAAUGUAAGCUGCUCACAGUCGGGAAACCGUUCGCCAUUGAAGGAUAUGGCAUCGGGCUCAAGCAGAACUCCCCCCUCACAUCCAACAUCUCGGAGCUGGUUAGUCAGUACAAGUCCGACGGCUUCAUGGACAUGCUCCACGACAAGUGGUACAAAGUGGUUCCUUGCGGAAAGCGCAGCUUCGCUGCCACAGAGACUCUCCAGAUGGGCAUUAAGCACUUCUCAGGGUUAUUCGUGAUGCUGUGCGGCGGGGUGGUGCUCUCCCUCCUCACCACGCUGGCCGAGCACAUGGUCCACCGCUGGGUGAUCCCCAAGAUCAGGACCAAGCCACAGUACAAAUACUGGCUGCACACCAGCCAGAGAUUGCAUCGAGCACUUAAUUCAUCCUUCAAUGAAGAUAAAUUGCCCACGGUUGCAAAACCGGAAAAAAGGUGCAACGUUGGGAACAACCAACAAGCUCCAUGGAACGCCUCUGAAAACACCUUCUGCAACCGGCGGAAGCUGUCCAGCCAGGGUCCCCCCCCGCAGCAGAACGAUGUGGAGUGCCGGGGGCCCCUGCAGCCGAAUGAUGUAGAGUGCCGGUGCAAAGACCUGCAGCUGCUGCAGGUGAAGAGGCAGGACCCGCUUCAGACCACCUCCAACGGCAAGACAGACCUGCUGGGCCUCGGCAGGAACCCCAUAGUCCAGGAACUGACCGACCUGGAGACGCAGAUCCAGAUCAUCAAACAGCAGCUGCAGCUAGCGAUGAAGAGGAAGAGCGAGCUGGAGCAGUACCAGCAGACUAAGAGGAACCCUUCCGCCGAGUCCUAGAAAUGCCGGAGGGCUAAAAGCUACAGGUGCGGCUGGAGUUCACGGGAAGGGCUACAUUCAGCUGUGGUUGCCCCUCGCCCUCGCCCUCACCCGCCCCAUUGUGUGGGCGCAUGUCUCUGCGUUGGGGCAUAUGAAGGGUGGGUCAGACCCCUCGUGAAGCACUGGACAUCUACACGACACAGUUUGCUUUAUUUUCAAAGGCAGAUUUUUUUGUAAGCUAAAUCUAAAUUCUUGUGGAGCACCUUGGGACAUACGUGCAGACAGAACGUGAAGGGGUGAUUUGAAUGAAGAGUGUGAAAAGUCUUUUUUAUUCCUUCACUCUCAGAGAGAUCAUUGCGACGACACUACACAAUAACAAGUGUGCAGAUCAGUGUCUCAGAGGGGGGGUUACUGUGCUGAAGGAUAGAGGUUUUGUGUCUUAGAGACAAGCAUUCACUAGAGGUGUCAAGAUGUGAUGUAUGACGGCCCUCUCUGCAUACUGAUACACACUGCAAAAGCCAUUUCUUAUCUUUUCUCCUCCCACUGAAAGUACGCAUGAGAUCGGUCCUUUGGGUUUAAGGUCUUGCACUGACAAACCAAAACGAAACCUUUCCUGUUGA